CAGACAAGAAAACAAAAACACACACCUUAGAACCUUGCAAAAGAAAAAAAAUAACUCUUGAUAAAUUGAAAAAGGGGAAAAUUUCAAUGUCACCAGCAAAGCGCCGAAAGACGGGCGGAGCGGGCAUGAAGCCCAAGAAACAGGGCAGUGAGCAAAAGCCACUCCCAGUCACCAUUCUCUCUGGCUUUCUUGGUAGCGGAAAGACGACGCUGCUACGACAUAUUCUCAAAUCAGCAGACCAUGGACUGCGCAUCGCCGUAAUCGUGAACGACAUGGCCUCUGUCAACGUCGAUGCCAACAUCAUCAGGCGCUCCGACAACAAGGCGAAGGGCAAUGGCGAGGUGCGUGUCAAGGAGAAGAUGAUACAGAUGGAGAACGGGUGCAUCUGCUGCACGCUUCGAAGCGAUUUGCUGGUUGAGCUGGCUCGGCUUGCAUGGAGCCAUCAGGGGUUCGACCAUGUGGUGAUUGAGAGUUCGGGUAUCAGUGAGCCUCAGCAGGUUGCUGAGACGUUUACUACCGAGUUGACCGAGGCAAUGCUUGAUGCCGAGGGCUUGGAACCAGAUGAGAAGGAGGUGUUUGCCAAAGUUGCAAAGAUUGGUGGAUUGAAGACAAUUGCGACGGUUGAUGCAAUGGUCACUGUCGUGGAUGCUUUUCGCUUCUUUUCAGAGUUCGAUACGGCAGAGUUCCUGCAGGACCGCUUUGGGAGAGAGGAGGUGCCUGAUGAGGAUCAGCGCACCGUCUCUGAUCUCUUCGCUGAUCAGAUUGAGUUCGCUAAUGUCAUCAUUGUUAACAAGAUUGACAGGGCUGAUGCUGCAACUCUGGGUCGCGUAAAGGCCUACAUCAAGUCGCUUAAUCCAAACGCCAAGAUUAUUGAAGCCAAGUACUCAAAAGUGGAUGUCCGUGAGAUGCUGAACACUGGUGUCUUCAACUUUGGUGAGGCAGUUGCAAGUGCUGGAUGGCUGAAGAGCUUGCACGAGAUGACUGUGAUGGAUGUUCAUGGCAAGAAGCGUGUUGCGCCCAAACCAGAAACACUAGAGUACGGAAUCGGGUCUUUCGUCUAUCGUGCUCGUAGACCCUUUGAUCCCUUAAAGCUCUACCGACUGAUCGAGGGCAAGUUCAUUCUUCUACAAGAUGAAGCAGAAGAUGUGGAUGACGAGGACGAAGAAGACGGAAAUGAUGAAUCAUCUGAUUCAGGCAAAGCCAGUACCUCUGGCGAUGAUUCUGACCAGCAAAGCAAUGAUGAAGAUGCUCCUCCGAUUGAUGAUAAGCAGAUUCUGGAGAACAAAAGAACCAGCCCUUACUUCGGUGGUCUUCACCGUAGCAAAGGCAUCUUCUGGCUCGCAACUCGUCCUAACCAGAUGGGUUCAUGGAGCACCGCCGGCGCAAUGCUGACACUCGGAUCUGAGAUGCCUUGGUUCUGCUGUGUGUCUGAAGAAGACUGGGGCGCUGAUGAAGCUACCUUGAAAGCUAUCAAGAACGACUUUGAAGGCAAGUGGGGAGAUCGUCGCCAGGAGAUGGUCUUCAUUGGCGAGAAGCUCGAUGUGGAUGGUAUGACCAAAGCGCUCGACUCGUGCUUGCUGAGUCGCAGUGAGAUGAAGAAGUGGGAAAAGGUCAUGCUCGACAAGAAGCUAGAUGAUGAUGAGAAGGAAGAGACUCUGCAGGAAGUGUGGGAUGACGGCUACUGGGCGGAAUGGCCGCGGGUACAAGAUGAGGAGGAACAUGAUCAUGAUCAUUCUCAUGACCAUGGCCGCCAUCAACAUGGCCAAAAACACUAA